AUGCAUCUCCCCGUCUCCAUCCCCUCCUUCACCGACUACAGCAGCAGCCUCCCACACAACCAACACGCCGGGCUCGCCAUCCUCAACAACCCGACCCCACCGCCUGCAUUCUUCCACUUCCCCAUCGGCUACAGCGGCCGAGCCAGCACCAUCAUUGUCUCCGGAACCCCCAUCACCCGUCCCGUAGGACACUUCUAUGAUCGAACUUCCGCAUCCUCAUCUAAGGAAGUGAUUUUCGCUCCGACCCGCGCCCUAGACUACGAACUCGAAUUGGGGGUUGUUGUUGGUCGGCCCUUGGCCCCUGGGAAAGGGCUCGAUGCGAGGGAUGCAGAGGGGCAUAUUUUUGGGUUGGUGGUUGUUAAUGAUUGGAGUGCACGAGAUAUCCAAGGAUUGGAAAUGAUUCCACUUGGACCAUUAAACGGGAAGAACUUCGCUACUACGAUCUCGCCUUGGAUAGUUACUCUGGAUGCGUUGGAGCCGUUUAAGGCGAAGGGACCCGAGCCGCGGGUUUCGUUGCCGAGGCAUUUGGUGGAUCCCGGGAAGGCGAGUUAUGAUAUUAGUGUUUUGGUGGAGGUGGAGGAGGGAGAGGGGGGGAGGGGGAAGACGGUGUUGGGACGGUCGAAUGCGAGGGAGUUUUUCUGGAGUGUGAGGCAGAUGUGUGCGCAUUUGGCGAGUACGGGGUGUGAUUUGCGGACGGGGGAUUUGUUGGGGACGGGGACGGUGAGUGGGGACGGUGAGGGGGAGUAUGGGUGUUUGUUGGAAGUUACCAAGGGGGCAAGGUGGCGGGUGUAUUUGGAGGAUGGGGAUGUGGUGACUUUGUCGGCUUGGGCGGGGGAGGGGGUAGGGUUUGGGGAGUGUGUGGGACAAGUGAGGCCGGCGAGAGAGGGGUGGUCGAGAGGAGGAGAUAAUCCAAUUGAAUAG